AUGGCCCAAGUGCGAGCCGAAUAUGAUUUCGAGGCGCAGCCGAACUCCGGCGAAAUGAGCAUCGCCACUGGAGAAGUGCUCACCGUCAUCAGAACUAACAUCGAUGGCGGCUGGAUGGAAGGCCGAAAUGCGCGCGGCUCAGUCGGCUUAUUCCCUGAAUCGUACGUCGUUCCACACGUGCCGUCAACCCGCCCACUACCGCCAACCGAAAAUUUAUCCGUUUUUGGAAGCGGCUCGACAUUUUUAUGUGCGUUUUUGUCUGUCACCUAA